GGGGUCAUCAUAAUAUCCUUUCGUAAACUCAGCCAACUAAAGGUGGGUUACUAACGAUGAUUUUUGAACCGUUGGCGUUAGGAAAGGCUCGCAGCAUCUCAUAAUAAAAUCCGAUGUGAGGCCGGUUUUCCUGUAGGCCUAGGUGCCUGGUGCUUAAGGCCUAAUGCCUGAUUCUUUCCGUCGCGUCGGAAAUAAAAAUCAAAUCAAGAGCGCGACCCGAGAUUAUCAGAUAAUGACGGAGACAAGCGACAAAGUUGACUCUCGCAGUCACGGAGUUACCGCACCUUAAAUAUAGGAUCGCAGGAAAACGAAGUAUUUAAGACACGGCGCUGGACACCGUAGUUUUUCUUUCUCCAAAUCCCGUCCUCCAGUUGUAUAUUUGCCAAGCAGUCUACCAUGGCAUCCAACGUGCUCCCCUCUCUUGCCGGCAAGGUUACCAUCAUCACCGGUGCCUCGAAGGGCAUCGGCAAGGCCUCAGCCAUCGCACUCGCGCGCCUGGGUGCCACCGUCAUCAUCAACUAUUCCUCCGACGAGCAAGCCGCGCAGGACACCCUCGCCGAGGUAAAGAAACUAGGCGCGGGCGAGGCCCGUCUCAUACGCGCUGACGUCAGUACCGUGGAAGGCGUCCAGUCGCUCGUUAAACAAACCGUAGAUGCCUACUCCAAAAUCGACGUACUGAUCCCCAACGCCGGCGUGCUACCCAUGAAGGACCUCGAGCACACCACCGAAGCCGAUUUCGACCGUACCUUUGCCAUCAACGUCAAGGGUCCCUAUUUUCUCGCUCAGGCCGCCGCCCCGCACAUGCCGCGCGGUUCGCACAUUAUCUUCCUGUCUACCAGCUUGACUGUCGCCUCCACCGUCAUGCCCGGCUACCUACUCUACAACAGCACCAAAGGCGCUAUCGAGCAGAUGACCCGCGUCAUAAGCAAGGAUCUCGGGCGCAAGGGUGUUCUUGUAAACGCGCUUGCGCCCGGUCCUACCGGCACCGAGCUUUUCUUCCGCGGCAAGAGUGAGGAGAUGUUGAAGACCAUCGCCAACUUCAACCCGCAGGGACGCAUCGGAACUCCCGAGGAAGUCGCCGAGGCUGUUGUUUUCCUAGCCCAGUCGUCUUGGGUUUCGGGACAGGUGCUUCGGGCUAAUGGUGGUAUGGCUUAAGGGCUGGACUUGGUCGUAUGCUCCAAGUUUGGUCCAGUAGGGGGAAAUCGGUUACGGGGGAAUCGGAAUGGGAGAUACCCAGGUAGAGUAGCAAUUAGGUACCGAGGAGAGCCAGCUACUUGGAAUCUUGGAUGUUAGUUACGUUGAUUACCUACCUAGUAAACUUAAGUCAAUGGAAAUGGUAAAAAAACUUACAAGUUGUCUUAUUCCUGGG